UAUAGUUAAUUCUUUAGCAUUGUGACAUAAAGACCAUGGGUGGUAUUCAAUAUUUAACUUAAAUCAAUCUUUUGGUCAUACAUGAUUGACUUCAUUCACUCUACUGUAGGCAAAUCAUUCCCCAGUCUUUCGAGUUAAGUCGAUCUUCCCUUUCACUGAAAUCAUUUUCAAUAAUUAAUAUUUGAAUAUUAUCUAUAUGUACUUAUUUAAUAGUUGAACUAUUCUGAUGUUUAUAACUCAAUAUGUCAUUAGUUGCUAUUUUUCUUUUAAAUAUAGACAUUUAAGCUACAAAACAUUGGCAUGGCUGAACAGUUUACUGAAAUCUUCUGAACAUACUGAAAUCUUCUGAACAAUGUUAAGAAAUCAUAAUGUGAAGUUUUAAAUCAAUUUAACAUACAUGUUCCAGAUUUCACUUUUAAAAAAGACAUAAUUAAGCUUACCAGCUGCCUUCGAGUUUUUGUAUAUUAUCUUAACCUCUUCCAAUGUCCUAUAUGGACAACAGACACACAAAAUAACAGAGAUGUAUAAGUAUAGAUUUUAGGAUGUAAACAAAAAAAGAAGAGCACCACCUGUGGUUGGAGCCAAAUGUACAUACUCAAUUACAAGGAGGAAAAGCCUGGAUAUUAUAACAUGAUAACUUCACCCCAGUUAUAUAAUUUUAUGUCCAAUCAUCAAAAUCAGCCCAAAUCAAUCAAUAUUUAUGUUUUUACCAAAACCAUGGGUGAGCUCAGCAUUGAUAAGGUACAAUGUAAAUAUGGUAUAAGAUGAACAAGUUCCGCAAGCUUUGAUAAUUAAAUAUCAAGAACUGUAUAAUGAAAGUGACCCAGAAAGAACGACUUUCAAAUUCCAAAAACAUUUACAACAAUAUUUUUGGGAAAAUGAACUGUUUUUCGAAAGGUAAGCUUAGAAUGCAGUAAAUUUCUCCAAAAACAACAACACUGGAUCUUAAGAAGAAAAUCGAAGGAAAACAAGUGUCUGCAUUAAAUGCGCUGUUGAAAACUUACGCAUUCAAUUGUUGUGUGAUGGACUCCCACAACUCCUUCCCCCCAAGCGAAGCACCUCUAAGGGAUCCAAAUAGCUUCUGCCCUUUGGAUGAAAUCAGCUCAAGAGCUGUGCUCUUUUCUUCCUCAGACCAAUUGGUCGAGCGUUUUUUGGCAGCCAUAAUCGGUCUAUGCAGACGGUCCAAUGUUAUGACAUAUACUACUGGUCAUUCUCCUUUUGAAGAGUAUUCAUGCCUAUUAAGCGAAUCAACGGAAAGAUAAUCUCGAUCAACUAAUCACAGCUUCGUGAAAUCGGAUUAAAACAAGUGGACCAGCUAAAUCGUUUAACGAAUUUAAUCCCGUUUUUAAUCCGAUUAGUUAAUCUUUUUCGAGAAAUCGGCCCCUGGUAGAGAAAAACAAGUUCAAUUCCAGAUUCAACUAGUAAGGUGCACAUUAAAAUGGAAUUAAAUAGGUCAGUGUUGCAAGAUAUAACGUUGACUUGUAUUGCAUGGCAUAACAUUCCAUUGUGUUACAAGGUUUUCGCCAUAUGGACAUAUUUAAUUGUAAAUCGUGCUGUUAAAAUUGGAAACUAUUACAAAAAGGUUGAAAACAUCUGCCGUGAGUUUCGUCAACAUCCAUCUUCUACGACUGAAAUAUAAUACAAUACAAGCACAAGGGGGAUUCACUCUCAUCAGAGGUUCGACAAUUCUAAAGCUGAGGCAUAGUGCGGUAAUGUGGUACUCGUAGCGUCAUCACUCUCAUGUACGAGAAUGGGGUGGAUUAUAACUCAGGUAUUACAAACAAUUGAACCAUUGACUAUACAACUCUGCCGUGAACUAUGCCAGCAAGAAUGGAUACAUCAUGCAGUGUAGGGAUGUGAUUGGAUCAGCAUCUGACCUGGCAUCCUAUUUUCUUUACCAUUAAUUGACCUAUUGGUUUUUAUUUAUUUAUUUGUUACUUUAUUUGUUUAUUAUUUACUUCCCAUCAGUAUUUGUAAUUAUUAUGAUGAAUCUUAAAUGGAUAUAAAUAACCCAGUUUAAUUAAUUCUGAAUGAAUGUAGAUGCGUAAAAGAUUCUAGUUAGUCAAGGACUGAUCAUGCUUGACAGUUGAAGUGUCAUUGAAAUUAAGUAUGUAAUUCUUGUCGUAUGUAUAUUGCUAAUACACUAUUAUGCUGGUUAUUAUUCCCUUCACAUCUUAGUAUAUUUCAGUAUUAUGUUCACAUCAAGAUAUAUUUCGUUUCAUGCUUAAAAUAAUGUCAUAGUCUCCAUUUGUGGUAUUUUUGUAAAUUAUUGGAUAAUGUUUGUAUAAAAGUGAUGUAUCUUUAGUUAUAAAGAAAAACAACAGUAACUAUCUAUCUAUCUUAUUGCAGUCUGACUACAGUGCUCGAUCUUUCUUGCUCGGGCGAAGAUGUACCGAGUGUUGUUAUUGUAGUCACACUACCAGUUUUUUCCGCUUCUUAGAGUGGCCAGAAAUAGUAGUGUACGCCCUCUCCACAACGUAUGGUGGACUGAAUUAGGUCAUCUGAAAUAGUAUUGGAACUAUGAGAUCGGCAUCAAUGAUGUACUACUGAUCUUUUGGAGAAAAAAAAGAACUAAAACGUACUAUCGAUUUCAGACAGCCACUACGUUGUAAGGACAAGUUUGCGUUUAUAAACGCGGUGCUGGAGUACUAUACAGGCGUAUUCGCGCGACGGAGCUGACAUGGCGGAAGGGGUUAAGGACGGCUGGUACCAGCGGGAGUUCGCCUUCGCCCGGCGGCCCACCUUCCUUCGGGUGGAUCUAGACGUUUUACUUAACAACCUGAAGAUACUUAAGGGACAAUUAUCCGCACAUACAGAGAUCAUCGCGGUUGUGAAGGCGAAUGCGUACGGGCACGGAGGACCGCGGGUUGCGCGCUUUCUGGAGCGACACGGGGUCUCCCACUUUGCCGUCGCUACCGCCCUCGAGGGGGAGGAGCUGCGGACUGCCGGCGUCCAUGGAAACAUACAGGUGUUUGGGAACGCGUCAGUGGAGGAAAUCGGGACGAUGUACGAGAACCGGCUGAUCCCGACGAUUGCCGAUGUCGACUUCCUGUCUGCCUGGCUCGCACACUGGAGAAAACGCGAACGGAAUACUCUUGGUGUAGAGAAUGGUCCUGAUAUGGUGGGCUGCGUGGUAAUCAAGGUGGACAGCGGCAUGUCACGCAACGGCUGCCAGCCAGAGAAACUUCCGGAAAUCGUAGACUUUUGCGAUAACUAUCGUGUCCCGGUACACAGCAUAAUGACGCACUUUGCGCAGUCCUGGGACGACCCGGUCUUCACCCAACAACAGAUGGACACAUUCAUGGCCGCUGUUAAACCAUACAGGACUCGCGGUGUAAAGCUGCAUGUGGCUAACUCGGGCGCUAUCGUGAACAAGGUGGGAACGGACCUAGAUUUUGUCCGCCCCGGCAUCUCAAUGUACGGACAGGCGCCUGACACCAGCGAGUUCGGUGUGAAUACGAGUCAGAAAUUGGGACUGCGGCCGGUCAUCAGCUGGUACGCGAAGGCAUCCAUGGUAAACCGCCUCCAGCCUGAAAGGGUCGUCGGCUACGACAAAACUUACAAGUGCAACACAACAGAAACCAUUGCUGUAAUUCCUGUCGGGUACGCCGACGGCUUCCUGAGGUCUUACGACAAGCUCAGCGUCCAAACACUCGACGGGACGCAGUGUCCACUUGUUGGCCGCGUUUCUAUGGACGCGAUCACGGUCAGGCUGCCGGAGGAGGCGAGUAAUGCCCGCGUGUUCCAGCUCAUGACACCGGACUACACUAACGUGAACUCCGCAGUUGCCAUGGCCAGGCACGAGCGCACCAUUCCAUAUGAGGUGUGCACCAACUUGGACAAGCGUGUUCCCAGACUCUACUUCCUGGACGGGGCCGUCCGGAACGACGUCUGAUUCCCGAAACAUAAUUAUUUUUUUCAGCCAUUGAACACUUGAUAUCGUAAUACUUUAACACACUCUAGCAUUACCAAAACAUAGUUCUAGUGGCAUUUAAUGAUAUCCCAGUAUUAUAAGACAUAUGAAUAUAGCUUUACACCCUGGCAUUACCGAAACAUAGAUCUGGUGGCAUUUAAUGAUAUCCCAGUAUUAGGAGACAUAUGAAUAUAGCUUUAUACAUUUACACACCCUGGCAACUCGUCAAAACAUAAUUCUGAUGGCAUUUUUGUGAUCUAUGUGAAUAUAAUCAAAAAUUGUUUUUAGCUCUACUGGCCUUAUGCGAUGGUAAUGUGUACGUAGUAUGUGCAUCCGUGCGGUCGUGCGUCCGUGCGGUCGUGCGUUCGUGCGUCUGUAAACAAUUGGUUGUGAACACCAUACAGUCUUCAGUUUUGAUUGUAUCUCGAUGAAACUUGUACAGUAUCUAGAUAUCCAUUAGAGCUCGGUUCCUUUCGAAAACCAGCCAGAUCCGCCCAAAAAUGCCUAGAUUAUGGGCCAUGAAAGUUUUAAAGAAAUGCUUUCUAUUUUUAGCCAGGUCUGCAUGAGCGAAUUCUAUUUUUAGCCAAGUUUACAUACAUGUACAUGUAAAUUCAAGUCUAGUUAUGUUUAGUGCUAAUACAAUAAUCUGAUUAAUAUCCUUAUAUAAAUAUAGCAAUUAUCAAACAGCUUAUCAAAUCAAUGCUGUGUAUACAUCUUUAAAGUUAAAGAUGAAUAACACUAGCUUAUGUUUAUUAUUUACAUUGUUUUAUACAUUGUGAGUUAAAUCAGGGAGCUUUUUCAGGUUAACCAUAGACAUUGUGAUGAAAUUGCUUUUCCCAACCGUAUACGCUUUACUCAACGACUUUACAUAGUUGUAAUUGUGAGAGUGUAGAAGCGCGGAUAUAUUAUGUGUAUCAACCUUUGUUUUCAUAUCUAAACAUUUUAAUAUGUUUUCCACUAAUUUCCAUCGCAUUGUGUUCGUUCAUUAUGUUUAAAUUCGUUCAGACCUAGGACGAGGCGGUGUCUCAUAUUUUUGUUGACAGUUUUAUUUAUACCUAAAAAUAUAUCGAGUUCACCAAAGAAAUUUACAAUAAAUGUUUUGAAUAUUA